CAGACCCCUCUUCAAUGAAUGAAAAGAAGAGGAGGGAUCGGGAAGAAAGGCAGAAUAUUGUCCUGUGGAGACAGCCACUCAUUACCUUGCAGUAUUUUUCUCUGGAAAUCCUAGUAAUCUUGAAGGAAUGGACCUCAAAAUUAUGGCAUCGUCAAAGCAUUGUGGUGUCUUUUUUACUGCUGCUUGCUGUACUUAUAGCUACGUAUUAUGUUGAAGGAGCACAUCAACAGUAUGUGCAACGUAUAGAGAAACAAUUUCUUUUGUAUGCCUACUGGAUAGGCUUAGGAAUUUUGUCUUCUGUUGGGCUUGGAACAGGGCUGCACACCUUCCUCCUUUAUCUGGGUCCACAUAUAGCUUCAGUUACAUUAGCUGCUUAUGAAUGCAAUUCAGUUAAUUUCCCCGAACCACCCUAUCCUGAUCAGAUUAUUUGUCCAGAUGAAGAGGGCACUGAAGGAACCAUUUCUUUGUGGAGCAUCAUCUCAAAAGUUAGGAUUGAGGCCUGCAUGUGGGGUAUCGGUACAGCAAUUGGAGAGCUGCCUCCAUAUUUCAUGGCCAGGGCAGCUCGCCUCUCAGGUGCUGAACCAGAUGAUGAUGAGUAUCAGGAAUUCGAAGAAAUGCUGGAACACGCAGAGACUGCACAAGACUUUGCUUCCCGGGCUAAACUGGCAGUUCAGAACCUAGUACAGAAGGUUGGAUUUUUUGGAAUUUUGGCCUGUGCUUCAAUUCCAAAUCCUCUAUUUGAUCUGGCUGGAAUAACAUGUGGACACUUUCUUGUACCUUUUUGGACUUUCUUUGGUGCAACUCUGAUUGGAAAAGCAAUAAUUAAAAUGCAUAUCCAGAAAAUCUUCGUUAUAAUAACAUUCAGCAAACACAUAGUGGAGCAGAUGGUGGCUUUCAUUGGUGCUGUCCCCGGCGUAGGUCCAUCUCUGCAGAAGCCAUUCCAGGAAUACCUGGAGGCCCAGCGGCAGAAGCUUCACCACAAAAGUGAAAUGGGCACACCACAGGGAGAAAACUGGUUGUCCUGGAUGUUUGAGAAGUUGGUCGUUGUAAUGGUGUGUUACUUCAUCCUGUCCAUCAUUAACUCCAUGGCACAAAGUUAUGCCAAACGAAUGCAGCAGCGGUUGAACUCAGAGGAAAAAACUAAAUAAGCAGGAAAAGGUUUUAAUGGCAGAAGUUAGAAUGGAUGGGUUCUACCUUAAAUUGGGAGGACUCCAAACCAGGAAGGAAAAUUCUUUUCCAACCUGUAUCAAUUUAAUUUUUUUUCCCCCUGAAAGCAGUUUAGUCCAUAUUUUGCACUGACAUACUUUUCCUUUGUGUGUUAAGGUAAGGUAUCCACCCUCAAUUCAAUCCAACUUGUGUUUUAUUAGGGUGGAAUGUGAUGUUCAGCAGCAAACUUAACAGAAACUGGCCUUUUCUUUGUUACUUUCAAAAGGCCCACGUGGUACAGUUAAAGAAUUCCAGAUACCAAAAAAUAGUUCCUAAGUAUGUUGAAUAUGUCAAGUCAUUUAGGCUUGUCAGAAAUGACUCCUUUGUUUUUCUAAGUCAUUAAAAUGUAUAUAAAUUAUACUAGAUUGGAUAACAGUCUUGCAUGUGUAUCAUGGUAAAAUUUAAUAUGCCAUUCUGCCCAGCCCUUCCUCUCCUACCUUAAAAAAAAGGCCAUUUUAUGAUGCGUUGCCCACCCUCUGGGGAAACUGAUCUUUAAAUUUUGAGACAGUAUAAGAAAAUUCUGGUUGGUAUCUCACGAAUGAGCUGACACCAUUUUUUAUUCUGUAUAUUUAGAAUGAAGUCAUGAACAAACUUUAUAAAGACAUCUUUGAUCAUUCCAAAAUUGUGUCCGUUUUCUUGAGCGUUUUGAUUUUUGCUUCAUUUUAGCCACUACCAACUUAUGGUCAGCCUUGCCAAAUCCACCUACAACCAUCAUUUCUUAAGCCUUCAUUUAUUUACAUGUAAGAGCCACCACCAAGGCACUUUUUUGUUAGGUUGGAAUCGGGCAGCUUGCUACACGUUGCUGAAUUGGCAGCUUACGGAUUUGCACGGUGAGGGGUUUGUGAAAACAGGAGAAAUGAAAGUAUGUAAAUUAAAGGGCACUGAAGAGAGAAAUAACUAAUUUUGUUUGUUUUUUAAAAAACUACACUUAUAUCUGUGUUAAUUUUAACUCAGCAUGUACUCUGGUUUUGACAAAUUUACUUUUUAAUGUAACCUAAUUUUCUUGCCUUCUUCAGUAAGUGUUAUGUCCUUUUGUGAUUUUCUUUCGAGAUAUUUCUGGUUGAACUUGGUCAUUUUGUUUUGCUUGGGAGGAAAAUAAACAGUUUCACUUUUUUUCUUUA